AGGCUGGCCAUGCAGCACGAGAUGUGGACAAGACUAGUCGGCGGGCUCUAUCCUCCCUCCCAGAAAGAGACAAUCGAUGUCUUGAUGACUCGACCGACGCCCGUCAUUGUUGAUUUGGGAUGCGGCUCUGGUCAUUGGGCUAUUUCCAUGGCCAAAUUGUAUCCUCAGGCGCGCGUUAUCGGCGUCGACAUUUCCAAGCACGCGUUCCGGUGAGCUUCUAUCAGAUUCUUGGACUUGGAUUGUUUGGACCGUAAUAUGACAGAAAUGCGCCGCCGAACUUCGA